ACUUAUGGGAAAGUUUUAAAAUUGAAAGAGUAAAAUAUGUUUUUGUAAAUGAAACAUGGUGGAAUGGAGAUUAUGUAAUGGAGUGCAGAUAGCUACAGUAGCCACACCUCACCUCCAGUCAUCCACACACCUUGACAACGCCCUGGGGGAGGUUCCCAGUGGAGAACAUAAAAACACUGCAUUGUCUUUGCUUAUUCACUUUGACUUUGUUCACCUUCACAUAUUUCACAUCUCAGUCAUGGCAGCAGUAAUGUGUGUCAGAAACGGCAGAGGAGGCAGAACCAGAACCACAAAAGGCCUCCUCCUGAUUUGCACUCUGUUCAGUCUGGUCUGCUUCACAAGGUCCCAUUUCGACAAGGAACAGCUGAAACAGUUUAAGGACAACGUGCAGCACUUAAGGAAACAACUCCAGAACGUGAAGGACAAUCUUAAGACCACAAUUGAACUCAGUUCCCAGAAGGUGGAAUACUACAGCGAAAUUUUGGAUUCGCUGACAGAAAUGAAGAAGGAUUAUGAAAAUAGACUUCCUGAUUACCUGCUUCCAUCGGAUGAUAAUCUGAACAAUGUCAAGAGUACUCUUGAGAAAACCAAGGCUGAUAUCAAGAUGAACACCCUUGAUUUGGGUAAACAGAUAGAAGAUCUUGAAGAGAAAAUCGGACAACAAGAACUGUUGAUUAAGUUGAUUGAAGACAUGCAGGCUGAAUUAUAGCUACCCUAAUCUAUUUAUCUUUAUCUUUAUUUGAACUUUGAAAUAUGAAAGUUUGUUUAAGACAAAAUUACCAACAUGCUUGAUUGAAAUAUGUUUGUUAACAAAAAUAUUUAAGUGUUGAAAGCUGUGCCUGUAUUAACAUUUUAAAUGAUAACAUGUUUACAAACAGGUAAAGAUUACUUAAAAGCAUUAACAACUUGCUUGUUAAGAUGUAAUAGCUCUAACACUGUUUUAACUGAAUGUGUCUUUAAUUUGUUAUGCUUAAUCAAAGGAAAUCAAAUAAUCCUAGUUUAUUUUACAGAAAUCAAUAUAGCUGAUAAUUGUGAUUCACUGGAAUAGUGACAUUUCUCUAAAUAAAGAUGAAUU